CGCGCUGCGGGCGCGCCCCGGGCAUGGCGGCGGCGGAGCCCGGCAUGAAGCAGUUCAAUGGCGGCGGCGGCGGCGCGCCGGACGCGGAGCGCGGCCGCUUCCCGCACUGCGUGGUGUGGACCCCGAUCCCCGUGCUGACGUGGCUGUUCCCCAUCAUCGGCCACAUGGGCAUCUGCACCUCGGCCGGCGUCAUCCGCGACUUCGCGGGGCCCUACUUCGUGUCCGAAGACAACAUGGCCUUUGGGAAACCUGUGAAGUACUGGAAGCUGGAUCCCAGCAAAGUCUGUGCCACUGGCCCCAACGCCUGGGACACGGCCGUGCACGACGCCUCCGAGGAGUACAAGCACCGCAUGCACAACCUUUGCUGUGACAACUGCCAUUCCCACGUGGCUCUGGCCUUAAACUUGAUGAGAUACGACAACAGCACCUCCUGGAACAUGGUGAAACUGUGCUUCUUCACACUCCUCUAUGGGAAAUACGUCAGCAUAGGGGGGUUUGUGAAGACCUGGCUGCCCUUUGUCCUCUUCCUGGGGGUGAUUGUGACCGUGGUUCUCACCCUGCACCUGCGGUGAUGGCAGCCCUGACCCCCCAGUGCCUGAGCACACAAAGGAAGAAACUGUGACUGAUCCAGCAGGAUGGAGGCGUGGCACUCUGGGAGCCUCUUCCAGGGAAGGUGGCAGCCCCACUCCAUCGUGACAGCUCAUCUUCCUCUCCUGGAGCUGGCUUCUUUUCCUCCUGUUUCUGUUCUGUCGAUGGUGUCUCCCAGUGUCAGGGGUCUGGAAGCUUCUGUCCUCUCCCUUUCUGCAGCUGGGGAGGUGGGGCUGGGAGCAGGAAAGGAGAGGGGUGGGCACCUUUGCUUUCAGUGCCAGGAGAAGCCUCAGGGCAAGCUCUGCCUCCUGCAGUGGCACAGCAGAUGCACCUUGGGAGGGUCUCUCUGGUCAGCUGCUUCCUCCUCUUCACCAGAUGCUUCCUCACAUUCCCUGGCUCUCCCGUUAGGAGCUGCAGUUUUCCCUGUGGCACAUUUCUCCAGCAGCACACAUUCCAGAGGGGAGGUGUGGGGCUCUUCUGGGAGGGUGGGGUGCCCAGCACUCAGUGGCAGGAGGUGUGUGGGACACUCCUGAGGGACACUCCAUGGCAGGGCCAGCUGCCCUGCUCCUGCUGCUGGGCCUGGGAAGGCAGGGAAGCUGAAGGGCUGGCUAGGGAACAGCUCAUGGCAGGGUGCACCCUUCAGGAGGCAGCCCUUCGUCCCUUUCAGCUUGUGCCAGAGAAAAUAUCACUUCCCUGCUUCUCCCUGGGCUCUCUGUUGCUAAAUCUGGCUCUGCAGUCCUCACAAGCCACUCGUUCCCCUUUGAUCCCCCUGCUCCCAGCAGGCAGCAGCUGGGGCAGAGAGCCUGAGCCUGGGGCUGCAAAUCCUCAGUGGGAGCAGCACCUGAGCCUGGAGCUGGGGAGGGGAGGCACUGGAAGGUGCCUGUCUGGCUGGGCUUUGCAGCAGCAAACUGGGGCAGUUCCUGGGUGGUGACUGGGAAUGUUUAGGGAGCUUUGGAGAGCACACCUGGGCACAGGUGCUGUGCAGGGAUUGGUGUGAGGAGCACAGCUCGGGCAGGAUGGGCCCAGGGGGGCUGAACCUGGGUGCCAGGCAGGAAGGGAGUUUGGAUGUGAGCUGGAACCCCUUCUGCCACUGGGUCUGCUCUGCAGGUGCUGAUUUUGGAGGGCUCUGAGUUUUAAACCCCAGCCUGGCUGCAGGGUCCUGUGCAGCUGGGCAGGUCCCUGCUGGCUGCAGAGGGGGCAGAAGAGCUUUUCCACUCACACCUUGACUCCAGUACCUGAUGGGUUCCAAGGAAUCCAUUUCAGGGAGUGCUUGUGGCCAGCACGAAAGCUUUUCUGGGGUCCCUGCCAUGCCUGCAGCUUCCUCUGACUGUGGAACCCCCUCACUGUCAGCUCGCUGGUUUUCAGACCCCUCCCCAUGUGCCUCUGCCACUUCCAGCCAUGUGGGAGGGUCGGAGCCUCCCCUUGAGCUCGUUUCUGUGUUUUCCCUUUUCCUCGGUCACUGUUGCAGCAGCCCUCUCACGCUGUGCUCGUUGUUGUCCCUCUGUGUCGCGGCGUUCCCGCAGCCUGGGGCGCUGCGGGGCUGCUCUGUGCCGCGCUCCCUUCCGAGUGCGGGGCAGGGCACGGAGAGCUCCGGGACCCCGAGCAGAGCCCGGUGAAGGGCCGGGGCGUUCCGAGCUCUGCUCUCCGCCCGGGAGAGGGGAGUGCUUUCCCUGGUGUGAUUUCAGAGCGAUCCCUUGGAGUGCCGGCCCGGGGCUGGACCCACCCUCAGCAAUAACCGCGAGCCCCUCCGCCCAGCCCGCCCUUGUUUUAUCCACGAGCUCUGCAAGAAUUGCCAAAGCUGAGGCUUGGGGGUGUCAGGGGGCCCCUGGACUUCCAAAACCCCACUGUGAAAUUCCCUCUCGUUUGCUCCUGAUGCUUUUUACAGAGCGGAGUUUGGAAUGGCGAGGGCGAGCCCCCAUCCCUCAUCCUUUGUUCCCUUCAUCUCUGCGGGGCGCUGGAUUUCUUUGUAAAUAUUUAAACUCUGCUUCUGUGGUUUCAUAAUCCCGACGGCAGGGAAAUAAACUGAUUUCUGUGGA